AUGCUUAUUCCCUGGACAGCAUGGACAGCGGCGUGCACAAUACUACCGGUUGCCACGGCUUUUUAUCCUUACGACCCAGCAUCCGGCACUGGAAAGACCAUGCAGACGCGACGAACCACUCCAAAGGUGCGAGAUGCGCCCCGAGGAGCGCUUACACUGCCUCUACGACGCGUACGUCGGGACAACACCUACGAUAUUCUCAAUAGCAAUGAUCCGAAGCAGAAGAACAGCGUAGCAGUGGAUCAAGAUGGUUCGGAUCUGAGCUAUAUGGCUGCGGUGACAUUCGGCAGCUCGAAGGAGGAGUAUCACUUGCUACUCGAUUCAGCGGCGAGUAACACGUGGGUUAUGGGUCAGGACUGUACAGCGGACGCGUGUGGGAAGCAUAAUACUUUUGGAGAGGGUGACUCGGAUACGCUGAAGACGAACAGCAAGACCUUCUCGAUAACGUACGGCACGGGCUCUGUCUCAGGUACCACGGCCGAAGAUACGAUACAGAUAGGCGGAGUAUCUACACAGCUGACCUUCGGUCUCGCGACCAACGUUUCUCAAGAGUUCAAUGCCUACUCCAUGGAUGGCAUCCUAGGCCUCGGUCGCGGUCAAGCUAGCUCCCUCGAGACACCUCAGCUUGUCGAAACGCUCGCCUCCUCUGACCUUAUCUCUGCCAAACUAUACGGUAUACAUCUCAGCCGCGCAGCGGAUGGAUCGAAUGACGGCGAACUGAACCUGGGAGAGGUGAACAAAGACUUGUUUGACGGCGACCUCAACUGGCUGGAUUCCGUGGACAAUGACGACGGAUUUUGGGAAGUUGCCGUCGCGGAUGCAGGCGCCGACGGUACCAUGACCGGCCUGGAGGGCAAAUCAGGCAUCAUCGACACGGGGACAUCAUACUGUUUUAUGCCUGAGGACGAUGCGGUCGCGCUGCAUAAGCUCAUUGAUGGAUACACGCAGUCUGGCGAAACGUUCAGCGUGCCGUGCUCCACGACCAAGGAGCUUGAGAUCAAGCUUGGAGACAAGACAUAUUCGAUCUCGACGAAGGACUGGAUUGGCGGGAAGACGGAUAGCGGGCUGUGCAGGAGUAACGUCUUUGGAAGGCAGACGUUUGGUGACAACCAGUGGCUGCUGGGUGAUGUGUUUCUCAAGAACGUAUACACGGCAUUUGACUUGGACAACAACAAGAUUGGGUUUGGGAUGAAGAGUGGGGAGGACGAGAGUGAAAGCUCUUCUUCGACGAGCCCAAGUACCAGCGCGUCCGCGACGGCGUCUUCGAGUGGUGAGUCGACCUCACCUGCAUCUAUACCUACAUCUUCCACGACGUCGUCCGAGGAUACUUCGACAGCUGUUGACUCUCCUUCUCCUACAGGCUCCUCGUCUUCAUCCCCAACAUCUGCCGCGCCAUUACUCCCACCUGGCGCUUCGGCGACGGCAACUUCGGCGUCGCCAGAUGCGGCAUCCGAAUCGGCGUCUUCCUCACAAGGCCAGACAGGUGAUUCUCCAAGCAUAGUUCCUGCGUCGGCAUUUGCAUCGUGUAUUGCGUUCGGAAUUAUAUCUUUGUUUGUAUAG